CAAGGCAAGUUCAUCGAGACAAGAACCCUAAUGAUCCUCAAGCUGCUAAAAACUUUCAGGUGAUUAAUCAUGAGACAAAAUGCUACCUUAUAAGUUUGCUUCACUAGGAUUACUUGUUUAAAUUCACUCUCGAAUACUUUUAACACUGCUUAUGUGAAUGAAAGCACGAGGUGAAGCUUACCAUGUUCUUAGCGAUCCCGAGAAGCGAACUGCCUAUGAUAACUAUGGCAAAGAAGGUGUUCAACAGGAUGCAAUGGAUCCUGCAGUUGUGUUUGGCAUGCUCUUUGGAAGCGAGUUGUUUGAGGACUACAUUGGCCAACUUGCUCUUGCUUCCAUUGCAUCACUAGUAGAAUCCCAUGAGCCUGAGAUUAGGAAAAAAUUACUUCAAGACAAGAUCAAAGUAAGUUGUUUUUCAACUAUGAAUAGAACUACCUCCGUUCGAACUCAGGACAAGAGACUGGACAUGGCGUUUCAAGAAUGGAUCGCAGCAGUGAAGACACAAUUUUUCUAUUCUUUUGUCAUUUAAAAAAAACAAGUAAGAAACAAAAAAGCUAUGUUGUAUAACACAAAAACAGGUCAAGAGAGAGAGAGAGAGAGAGAGAGAGAGUUAGAGAACCCUAAUCGCCGCCGUUUCUUUCCGGCGUCGACGCCGCCGGAGGCCCGCUUCUUUCCCUUAAUCUCCUUUUUUCCUUUGCCUUUGACGACGCCUCUUCCCCUCUUCGAGAUGCAUAUGGUCUCUGGUCUCUUCAGUUCUUCAGAUCUCAGAUUUGGCUGCUUGAUGCUUGUCACAGGUGGUUCCUGGGCCUCUGGAGUCAUGGCGAGUUGAGUCAGGAAGAUGGCCGUUCAUCGGAGGUCGGCUUUUAGGGUUUGGAACUGGGUCGGAGCAAUUUUCCCUUGGCCGCUCCGUUCUGUUUCGACGAUGACAGAUCGUUUUUUGGCUGUUAUUCCCCGAAGCUUCUUUGUUCUUAUGCAGUUUGUUGGAAGAGCUCCGGUGGUUCUGUUAUCCGUACCCGCUUUUCUUCAUUCCAGGCUACUUGAAGCUUCCAACUUGUUGGUGGAGUUUUAGUCUUGUCCCGGCGGCUCUGUUAAGGAUCAAGCCCAUGAAUCAUGAGAUGGAGAAGUCCUUGGUGGUAGUUUAAGCACCAAUCUGGUGGGGAGUGAAG